AUGCCAGAAGACGCCCAGAGGGACUCGUCUCAAGAACGAUCCUCGUCUGAGCGACCCCGAAAGCCAUCACAGCUCUGGCCCGGUGCAGAUCAGGCAAGAGGUGGCCGCUCACCACUGGACCCGCUGAGCCCCGACGUUCAGGACCGUGUCUUUCCCAUCCGCUCCGUUGUUUCUGUCGACCCCAACGCUACUCCGUCGCAUCGUUCCGAUAAUGGCAACAAUGGCUAUUUCCACCAAGGACAUCAACAAGGGAGGAGGUUCUCAGCGAACAGUGACUCGGAACAAAAGAAGGAGACUCAAGACCGCCAGUCCUCGAGCACGGCUCACCAAAGAAGGCAUCCUCCACAACUGUUCAACGAACUCGCUUCUAGCAGAAACGAUAGUGACAAUGUCACCCUGAACUCCACUAGCUCGCGGGACACCCGACCUCGUUCGUCCGAUCGCACAGCGUCAAUGAGGAGUAUGGGUGGUCAGGAUGAGAUAGGCAGUGGUUUGCUCACUGCCCGUUUCAAGCACGUCGUUUCUGAAGGUGGCCAUGCUAUUAUCACGGGCAGAGAUGGUGACACGCUUCAGCGUUGCGAAGACGAGCCCAUUCAUAUCCCAGGCGCCGUCCAGAGUUUUGGACUACUAAUAGCCUUUGAGGAGGAAAGUGAGGGCAAGCUGCUCGUAAGGGUGGUGAGUGAGAACUCCAAGAGACUCAUCGGCUACACCCCAAAGCAACUCUUUGCCCUUGACAGCUUUACCGAUAUUCUCUCUGAGGAUCAGACCGACAACUUACUGGACCACGUCGAUUUCAUUAGAGAUGAAGAUGCAGACGUGGGGGCUAACGGCCCCGAGGUUUUCACCAUGUCAAUCAGAACUCCACAGCGAAAGCUGCAGAAGCUGUGGUGCGCUAUGCAUAUCAACGAGUCGAACCCUGGCCUAGUCAUCUGCGAAUUUGAACUCGAAGACGAUCAAGAAUUCCCACUAGUCCCUGCCAACGAAGGAACACCCGAUCUUCCGGAAGACACGCUCAGCUCGGAUCCUACUGCAGACGAGUUCGCCGAGAGCACAGAAAUUGCUAGCAAACCUCUUCGAGUAUUGCGCAGUGCCAGAAAACGGAAGGGCGAAGCUGCCGCAAUGGAAGUCUUUAACGUCAUGUCUCAAGUCCAGGAGCAGCUCGCUUCCGCUCCCAACCUUGACAAGUUUCUCAAAAUUCUCGUCGGUGUCGUAAAGGAGCUUACCGGGUUUCAUCGUGUCAUGGUAUACCAGUUCGAUGCUCAAUGGAACGGCCGUGUUGUUACUGAGCUAGUCGACCCAAGGGCCACCAAGGAUCUUUACAAAGGACUGAAUUUCCCUGCGUCCGACAUACCCAAGCAAGCGCGAGAAAUGUACAAGGUCAAUAAGGUGCGCAUGCUGUACGACCGCGACCAUGAAACUGCUCGCCUAGUGUGCCGUACUGUCGAAGAUCUUGAAACUCCUCUGGAUCUUACUUACUCCUACCUUCGAGCAAUGUCCCCCAUCCAUAUCAAGUAUCUCGCCAACAUGGCCGUACGGUCGUCCAUGUCCAUCUCUAUUAACGCAUUCGAUGAACUCUGGGGACUGAUCUCAUGCCAUGCCUACGGAUCAAGAGGAACCCGUGUUUCGUUUCCUAUCAGAAAAAUGUGCAGACUUGUCGGCGAGACUGCUUCUAGGAACAUUGAACGCCUGUCAUAUGCUUCCCGUCUUCAUGCUCGUAAGCUAAUCAACACCGUUCCGACUUCGAAGAACCCAUCCGGGUACAUCAUUGCCUCCUCUGAAGAUCUUCUCAAGCUGUUCGAUGCUGAUUUCGGCAUGCUUUCUAUUCGAGACGAAACCAAAGUGCUUGGUCACGUUGAUGAGACGCAAGAGGCUCUGGCGAUGCUUGAGUACCUCAGGUUGCGCAAGCUUACUUCUGUCACCGCUACUCAAGACAUCAAGGAAGAAUUCCCUGAUUUACGCUACCCGCCUGGCUUCCACCACAUCGCUGGUCUACUUGUUGUCCCGCUUUCUGCGGGAGGUAACGAUUUCAUUGUAUUCUUCCGCCGAGGUCAACUGCGAGAAGUCAAGUGGGCUGGCAAUCCUUACGAAAAGUUCGUCAAGGAGGGUACUGAGGGAUAUCUCGAGCCCAGAAAGAGUUUCAAGACUUGGAGCGAAACAGUCGUUGGAAAGUGCCGUGACUGGACCGAAGAGGAGAUCGAAACAGCCGCUGUCCUCUGCCUUGUCUAUGGAAAGUUCAUUGAGGUUUGGCGGCAGAAAGAGGCUGCACUAAAAAACAGCCAAUUGACACGUCUACUUCUAGCCAACUCCGCUCACGAGGUCCGAACACCGCUCAAUGCCAUCAUCAACUACCUGGAGAUCGCUCUCGAGGGCCACAUUGACGAUGACACUCGGGAAAAUCUAGCCAAGUCACAUUCAGCCUCAAAGUCGCUCAUUUAUGUCAUAAAUGAUCUGUUAGAUCUUACAAAGACAGAAGAAGGUGGCAAUCUCACCAAAGAAGAUCCUUUCAGUCUGUCGGCUACGUUGAAGGACGCCGCUAACCAAUUCUCUGGAGACGCGCGCCGCAAAAACUUGAGUUACGACGUUAUAGAGCAUCCUGGUCUUCCUGCUACCGUCAUUGGGGAUCAGCGGAAGGUUCGUCAAGCUAUAUCAAAUGUCGUGGCCAAUGCCAUCCAAAACACCAAGGAAGGAGGAAUUUGCAUUGAAGCGCACAUCAUCUCCCGGCACGAAAGCAAGGCUGAGGUCAUGAUCGCCAUCACUGACACUGGCUGCGGUUUCGACACCAAAAGGUUGGAUAGUUUAUUCAGGGAGUUGGAGCAGGUACAGAGUGAAGUUCACGACAUGUUGAAUGUCGAAGCGCCGGCUCCCAACGCCAAGCUGGUCGAAUCAGGCUCCGAAGAAAAACGCACUAUAGGUCUCGGCCUGGCUGUGGUAGCACGAAUUGUCGCAAACAUGAACGGGCAAUUGCGACUCAAGUCCGUCCAGGACAGAGGCUCGCGUUUCACAAUCCAACUUCCCUUUGAGCUGCCAGAGAACGAGCGACAAAAGACCAUCGAAGGCUCGAUUUCGGAGAGUUCCACACACUCUACAGCACUCACUGGUGGCGACGAGGAGGGUGAGAUCACUCUCGUAGACCGCAUCAGUCGUAGGCGUAACUCAGCCGAGCAAUCUUUGUCUCGCGCAUCCAGUUCCGAGAGCAUGCGCAGCAAGCGCAGUAUGAAGUCUGGUCGUAGCCAGGCAAGUCAUGACUCGGGCCGUAGUGAGGCCGACAGACUCAUCGACGCAAUCCAAUCACCUAUGGACAAUAAGCGCGGCGCACCUUCACGUGGCAGCAGCUCCGGCGGCCUCCAAAGACCCAAGUUGGGCUCACGGCAUAGCACUUCAGCACUUCCAAGCAGCAGUCAGUCACGGUCUCGCGCGCUUAGUCAAGGACAAGGUCCGCAAGAGCUUGUCACCGAAGUGAUCAAGGAUCCACCUGGCAGGCAGAGCAUCAUGGACCAGGGACGACCUGUCAAAGCUGUGCGCGUAGCGGAGGAGGACGAUGAUGUUCCCGCUGCGGCUCAAGAUCAGCCGCAUGAGUCCUCGCGCGUUCUCGACGAGCCCCAAGAAGAAGUUCCGGAGACGACAGAUGAAGCGCCUACAGCAGAUCACAUGCGCGUCCUGGUUGCAGAAGACGAUCCGGUCAACAGUAGGAUUAUCAAGAAAAGACUUGAAAAACUAGGCCACGAGGUUCAUCUUACGUCCAAUGGCGAAGAGUGCUCCAGUUUUCAUGGAGAUAAGAGUGGCUUCUUCGACGUCGUCUUGAUGGACAUGCAGAUGCCCAUUGUUGAUGGACUUACGGCAACCAAAGUCAUUCGUUCAUUCGAGAAGUCACACCCUACACACUUGCUUUCGACUCGAGCAUCCUUGAAUGGUCGCAUUCCUAUCAUUGCUGUCUCCGCUUCUUUACUCGAGCGGGAGCGUGACAUUUACAUCGAUGCUGGCUUUGAUGGUUGGAUCCUCAAGCCCAUUUCGUUCCAAAGACUUCAGGAGAUCAUGACCGGUAUCGUUGACAAGGACGUUCGCCACAAGAACGUUUACCAACUCGGCGAGUGGGAAAGAGGUGGUUGGUUUGAGGAGUCCCAAUCUGAUGUCUGGGAAGCCAAUACCAAACCGGAUGAUGACAAAAUCGCAAUGUCUGGACCCAGCAAAGCUGUCCAAAAAGAAGCAGCCAGUGACGACCCCCAAGAAAAGGGUUCAGACGACGACGACAGCAGACAGACCAAGGAGCAGCACAGAAUAGCUGCCGUGCAAGAUCGUGACGAUGGCAUCGAGCCGCCCCCGGAACAACAAGGCCAGGACGACCCAGACGUGAACGGAGAGCCACACGACUUUUAA